UUGUCAAGGUGCGGGGUAAAGGUAGACACAGCGACAGACAGGACCAAAUACAUUCACACCCCCCUCUCUCUCUCUCUCUCUCUCUCUCGCUCUCUCUCUCUCCGGGAGUCAUUGCGAUUAAAGAAACAAGAAUAAUGUCCAUUAGCCGGAAAAACUGGUCCGCUUUAUCAACGCUGACCCGACAGUGGACUGUGGAGGAUGAGGAAGAAGUGGAAAGAGAGAAGCGGAGGAAGGAACGGGGCUCCAGCACCACUGUCGACCCGGAUGAGAGUCCCGACAAAGAGGCAGAACCACACACCAGUAGUGUUAGCGGAUCAGCUGAUGUUGGUGAAUCCGGUGAGAACUCAGGAGGAGGUCUGGACCAGCUGCAGAUGGACUUUGUGGAGAUGUUGCGGGUCCGUGAUGAGCGGCGGCGGGUGAGGCUGGUGGAGACUCUGAGGAAGAACAAGGAGGGAGAAGGUGGGACCAUGGAGGACAGCUUAGAUGGGGAGACCCACGUGGAGCUGACGGGAGAGAAACGGGACGAGGGGCACAGAGAGAAGGUUCAGCGCUGCGUAGAGGCCCUCAUGUCACCAGAACCCUCUGUUAACCCAGAGAAGAAUGAGAAGUCAGAAAAUGCAAGCAACCAAAAUUCAACAUCAGUGACUCCCACAAAAUCAUCCCGGAAGUUUGUGAGCUCUCUCUCCAUCUCCUUUGAUAAGAGUCCCUCAUCACCCCCGGCAACCAGCAGAGGGGUUUCUCCUCUGAGCCCCAAGUCUCCGCCCUCUCAGCAUCCAGAGGGGUCACCUUACAGCCCAUUCAGUCCCACCCACUCAGACACUCUGAGCCCUACACUAAAUGGAAACACAGAGGGACAAGAAAAUGGCACACCAAGCAAUUUCGAACCAGCCACAAAACCUGCGUUUACACGGCAGAGCUCCAGAACCAUCUCAUUUAGGAUGAUGAGGAAGAAGGAGGAAGACAGCAUGCCGCUACAGAGAAGCGCAAGUGUGCGGAUUGCAACGAAGACCUUUGAAUCCAAUAAGAGUCCCGACCAAGAGGAUGAACAGAAGUCCCCAUUUCAGAGAAACUCACGACAAAGAAUAUCAUCCCGCUCCAUCCAGGAGAAAAUGGAAAGACUUGCUCAAGCGUCACAGAAAUGGGAGAUGGCCAAAUCUCCAACGCUUCUCAAGACUGGGUGUUUAGCAGACGAGGUGUCACGGAAGAGGGAGCUGUUUGAAAAAGAAGAAGAGAAAAGCCACAUCUUCUCCACACAGUUUCAGGACUUCCGCAAUUUUUCUUCUGGAAUUUCUGGUCGAAUAAAUCAAUGGGUUCAGAAUAAAACAUUUACCUUGUCACAUAGCCCUUCGGAUCUGAGGCACGUGAACAUCUCGAGCAAGAAGAGCUUGUUUGAAAAAGGAGCAGAACAGGAGCACAAGUGAAAGUGAAAGCUCAAACAAUCCUUUCUCUCAGCAGAUUCAGAUAAAGGAACAUCUCCUAAAUAUUUCCAUUUUCUUCCUUUCAUUGCCUAUUUUUUGCACUUUUUAAAACAAACUGAUUUACAUUCAACUGUGUACCGAUCGAAGCACUGAUAACAGUGUCCAGACAAGACUAUUAAUACUGCUUUUCAAAAUGAUCUCUAUCCUCGCAUAAAAUUGAAAGAAUACUGCCUUUGUUGUGUGGUUCCCAGUCCAGCUUCUUCCUUUUAACCCUUGUGUGGUGUUCAGGUCUGCGGGACCGGUUUUCAAUUUUGACUAAAAAUGUUUUUCAGCCUCAGACAUAUAUUUAUUUUAUAAUAUUUAUCCAUAAUACAUUGUUUUUCACCCAUAUCAUACAUUGUUCUAUUUACAUUACAGUACAUUAAAAAAUCAUAACUGUGAUUUAACAGAGGUCAAUUUAAAACAUUAGGUAUGCUUGGCAUGUUGCUUAUAAUCGGGUGAAGUAAACAUCUGUAAAACAUUUUUUAUUGAUCAUGAAGACCAUACAAGUGUUAACGACACCAUAUAAAGUUAUUAGGAGACACAUCAGACCUGUGCCAUAACUCACAGUAGAAGGUACAAACGUUAUUCUUUGCACAAACCUGCUUGAUAGUGAUGAGUAAUAUUUAAUGAAACUGGGAAAUCGGGCUGUAAAACCACAAAUAAUCCGUUUGCAGUUGUUUUAUCUUACCAGAGAAUCACUAAAGUCACAAUCCAGAGCUGAAUGGAUGCGUCUCAUCAGGCCUUUGCUUACUUACUCGAACCAAAGCUUUUCUUUUUAUAUCUUUAGGAACACUUGUGACUUGUAAUCAUUGCUUAUAGCCCGGAAGGGUUACCGUUCGGAUGAAUAAAUCUUUUUAUACCA